CACGAGCUCGGCUAACCUUUCAGAAAGUAUUCAUAAGUGCCGGGUUUUAUCGCGAUAUCUCCAUCGACAUGAGGCUAUCGACCACUCUCAUUCCUCACAGUCUGAUAUCUGGCAAAGUGAUCUAGCCAACUCAGACGUGUCUUCAUCAUGAAUAUGGCAAAGACAAUCUUCUACGCGGCCUUGAGCGCUUCGCUCUCUUUCACAUCUGUGCAAGCACAGGUUGCGGACUACCCAUUUGACAUUAACGGAGCUUUUGAGGGCGCUUCUGCCAUCACAACAGACUUUAACACGGGUGGCACCUUCAGAUGCAAUGGCCACGCUAUCACUGUGCCCAAGAAUCUUCAAGUCACCUUCCCCGCGGCCUUCAUCCCGUUCAGGGAAUUCGUCGGUAGCAGUGGUGGUUACACUGGCUACAACUGCGAGGUCACCGGCAACGUCGUCAAUGGAGUUCCCAUUGCUGCCCAAGUCUCAAUUGCACAAUCGCUGCUAAGCGGUGCCUCUGGUUUCGUUGACAGCGUGAACAACGAUGGUCGGAUCAAGUUGACGGACGGAACCACCAUCCGCAUCAACGACCCCAACGCCAUCUACUCCGUCGGAUACACCGCCCAGCCUUUCUUCACUGCAGAUGAUGCCAACCCGAGUAUCAGCUCUUUCUCUGGCUUUCCCAUGUGUGUUCCGCGAAGCGCCGCCGAUGCUCUUUGCCCUCAAUCCAACAGACCUGAUGUCGCCCCGGGCGUUAAGCAGGGCCUUUUCAAAGCACCCGACGCCCUCGUCAUGGCCCCUAUCGUAGCGGGCGAUUUUGUCGAGUACUCUGGUGUUCAGUCCGGGGGCGAGAUCAUUGUUUACAACCUCGUCGUGAGCAACGUCCAAAUAACCACUACGGGUGUUCCGACAUACAUCCGCAUGGAAGAUGCCAACAUUGGUGUUUGGACCGCCGACACUGUCAACCAGGAAAUCGCACAGACCAGAUUCGUCGGCUACACAUCUGACUCUGCCGCAAACGUCAACCCAAUCAAGAUCUACGCCAUUGAGUACGACCCGUGCACCGGCGAGGCCGUCGAUCGUGAGAUCGCGGGCGUGAGCGUUCCCGGCACUGAGGUCCGUAACAAGUUUGAGUACCGCAUCAAGGCGACCCAGAACGACAACUACGCCCGCGAGUACCGCGUCGUCGCCGGCACCGGCACCGUGAAGACCAAGAACGGUGUCCUGGCCGGCCAGUACGUUAUGCCUGUCUCCGAAUGGAUUCAGCCCGAGGACUCUGUUCCCGGCCGCCCUCCUAGCCCGCAUGACUUCCGCAGCUACGCUUUCCUCACCAAAGGGCUGGGUCGCGAUGCCGACGGUAACCUCUGGGGCCCGCUGAACCCUUUCCCCCAGACUGGCGCUACCCUCUACGAUAACUCCAAGUGCCCAGCCGCUACCACUCCUACUACCGGCACUGGCAUCACCACUACCCCUGCCACUGCUGCUAGCAGCUCAGCAGCGGCCGUCAAGUACAAGGAUGUCGUGACGAUGCCCACCUUCAACUGGGUCUCGUCUCAAAGCGGCACCCUCACCGUCGGCUGCCAGUCCAACAGCACCGACGACGCAGCGGUCGCGAUGAAGCUGAGCUACACCAACAAGGACGGCACCACCACUGGCCUCGCCAUGACCUCCGGCGGCAAGGGUCUCUGGAACUUCAAUAGUAACAAGAUCAAGCAGCCCACAACUGGAACGGUCAUUUGCAAGAGUGGUCUUGGCGGCCAGGUGGCGCGCUGAGGUGCUUGACAGGAAAGUUUAGCUGCUAAUCUUUGUCGUUUUGUUUGGGACUUUAGUGCGCGACACCUUUUAGAUUUCGAUUCCAUAUUAAUGAAUGAUGACCACC